AGUUUAGUUGCGGUUUAGUUAUCAAAGCGAUCGGUACGUUCUGAAGAGAAAAAACGCCAAGCACGGAGAAAAUUCAAGUGGAAAUUUUGAAAAAAAGCAAAAAUUUCUCACUUUGCCAAAAAAGCAAAAAAAAAAAAUACAAACAAAAGUGACAAAAGCUUUUUCUUGAAAAAUCAGAAAAAAAAACAAGCCCAUUAUCCCCAAGCGAGUGCAAAAGUCUAGCUUAACUCAACGAGAUUUGAGAAAGUCAAACGCAUGCCAUUAAGCAAACGACAAACAAACGAAUAGCUUGCAAUUGACCUGAUUAUCUCGGGCAUUUCUUUUUAGUCUGUGUCCGGUCUUUGAACGAAUUCUUGGCGUGAUUAAAACAAAUUCCUCGGGCCCAGAUAGCAGCUAUUAAACGGAAUUUCAUUCAAUAGUGGAGAAACGCUGUGAAAUAAACGAAAACAAACAUCCGAAUUGAAAACUGACAAAAAUAACAACAACAACAAAACAUUUAAUUUAAUUGAAGUUAAGGCAGAGCUGAGUUUCAUAUUAAAAAAAACAAACACACACACAAACUUUAAGUAAAGGAAAACGCAAAGGAAAUCUAGUGGAAAACAUCCCUCCAAGAAAAAAAGACAAAAAGAAAAAACUCAAAAGAAAAAUCAUCGCUGGCAGAAAAAAAAGAACAUUGAAAUCGUUGCAAUUAUCAUUAUCAUCAACGUCGUUAAAAUAAACCGCAAGUAAACUAAGCUAGCAAAGGUCGUCGUGGCAACAGUAGCUUCUUCACCACCUCCGUCGCCCACCCAAACCCAUACCCACCACCUCCUAGCCCAAGAACAACAACAACGACAGUCGCAGUAUUGUCUCGUCAUCAUGAAACAAGAGCAACGACAACAACAACAACAACAGCAACAAAACCUGCUACAACUACAACCACAGCGCCGUAAACCGAUAUUAUACCAUAAUGCUUUUGGAUUUCUAGCAGCUUUUUUCUCAUCAACAUUUGUGCUUUUAAUGAGCGUAUCCUGUGUGGCCGUAUGCACGGGUGCACGCCACGAUCGCCAGAAAACAACACAUCUGGAGGCCAAGGUCGGCUCGUAUGUGGUCUUCAAUUGUUACAUAGAUUUUCCCUAUGAUCUGCCCAUACCCUAUGUGGUCCAUUGGAGUAAAGAUGAUAAACGAAUCUUUACAUGGUUCGAAGGAGAAACCUCAUCGAAUGACCUCUACAGUGGACGAUUGCAUCUGAUAACCAAUAAUGAGGAAUACGGCAAGGCCAGUGCAAAUUUGACAUCCAUUCGGGAAUCGGAUCAGGGUUGGUAUCACUGCCAAAUUGUAUUUCCCAAUCGUACGCCGAGUAUACGGAACAAUGGAACCUGGUAUCACCUGUCAGUGCAAGGUGGUUCCCUAAUAAAAAUACCCCCAGUGAAUCAAACAAUUAUGGAAGGACAAACAGCGUUCUUCCAUUGUGUCAUGAAAUAUCCCAACUCAUCGGAGACUUCAUGGUACAAAGAUGGCGUUAUCUUGCAAGAGAUACCUGACCUUAUGCGCCGCUCCCGCCUAAGUCCCCAGGGUAGCCUGAGCAUUGAUCCGACAAUGAUGAGUGAUAAUGGCGAAUAUGAAUGUUCGGUACGCAGCAGUGAGGAUGAGAUACAAACGGCGAAAGCCUAUCUUAACAUACAAUAUAAGGCUAAAGUGAUUUAUGCACCACCUGAGGUUUAUUUGCCGUAUGGUCAACCGGCUGUACUUGAUUGUCAUUUUCGCGCUAAUCCACCGCUAAAAAAUCUGAGAUGGGAAAAAGAUGGCCUACUCUUCGAUUCGUAUAAUGUACCUGGAGUCUUCUAUAAAAUGAACGGCAGUUUGUUCUUUUCCAAAGUAGAUGAAUCACAUGCUGGCAGUUAUACGUGCACGCCAUACAACGAUCUGGGCACGGACGGUCCAUCUCCUGUCAUUAAUGUAAUUGUUUUGCGACCACCAAUAUUCACAAUAACACCGAAAGCAAUUUACAUACAAAAAUUAGGCGAAUCGGUCCACAUGACAUGUCAGGCGAUCGAUCGAGAUGGCAGUAAUCAUCCAUCAAUUGAAUGGAAGCGGAAAGAUGGCAUGCCCCUACCGGCCGAUCGAGCCAUUGUCGAGGAUGGAAAUCUAACAUUAACCGGUCUAACUGAACAGGAUCGUGGCAUUUACGAAUGUGUGGCCACAAAUGAAGCUGCCACAAUAACCGCCGAAACAGAGUUGAUGAUAGAAAACAUUGCACCUAGGCCACCAUACAAUUUGACAGCUAACAGCACGGAGACAUCCAUAACCAUAAGAUGGCAACCAGGAUAUUUGCGUCCCAAUCUCGAAUACACGGUCUGGUAUCGUCUAACGGAUGCCCAGGAAUGGCGUACAAUGCGUAUCGUCCAAAAGCAUGUCAUGGAGGCCACCAUUCCGCAUUUGUUGCCCGGUCGCGAAUAUGAAUUUAUGGUAUUGAGCCAGGAUAAAUAUGGCGACGGCAUGUUCAGCAAACCCUUUCGAUAUCCAACACAACCCUCAUCGAAAGUUGCCGAAUCGGACGAUGACAAUGUCGAAGGCGACUUGUCGUCUGUGCAACAAUCCCAGCAACGUGUUAACUACCAAUCGCCAAGUGGUGGUGGCGGUGGCGGUGUUGGCAGCAGCGCCGGCAGCAGUAGCUUCCUAAGUGCUCCAUGGAAUUUAAGUGCCAUUAAUAACCAACAAGGAUGGCUCUUACACUGGGAACAUCCACUUCAUGGGCUCGAUGCGUUACGCCUGUACACGGUACGCUGGUGGAAGGAGCCCGAACAUCAUCUGGUCGGCACGGUCGAAACUUUUGACAACUUCUAUCAGCUGCGUCACUUGAAGGAGGACUCCACAUUCACCAUCCAAGUGUUGGCCAUUUCGAACGAUGGCGCCCAAGUGCCCGGCUCGGAGUUGAUCAUUGAAGUGCCAUCACAUCGUAAAAUGCGAGCCCUCCUAAUUGGCAGCACCAUUGGCAUUGCGUUCCUGGUGUGUGCCCUGAUCGCCUUCCUCUAUGUGAAGCGCAAUUGCCUGCGUCAUUUGUUCAGCGGCAAUGUGGUCGACGAUGGCGAUGAUGGCGGCAGCACCAUUGAGGAUGGCGGUGACAGCGAUUGCAAUGGCCAUGACAUAGAGAAGAUACAUAAUACCUGAGUGUACGAGAUAACGUGGCGGUUUCGAAAUUAAUACAUACCCGAACAGAAAAUCAAUUAAUUGUGAAAACGACGGCUCAUGUUUUUUGUUUUCGAAUAUUCCCAGUCCAUUUCAGCAGCAGCAGCAUCAACAUCAUAAAUCCAUUUCCAUCAGUUUAUGUUUUUCUGUUUUUUUUUUUCGAAUCCAUACAAAAAUACAGAUAUCCACACAUACAUACACACUGAAAAAGAAAUAUGCCAUCAACCUCAAUUGAUUUUGUCAGCCAGCCAUCCAGUCAGCCAGUCAAUUGUGUCCUUGAAGCCAUUUUCAUAUUUGAUUAUCAAUCGUCGGUAGGCUGGACCAUCGAACCACUCACUUACUCACAUCGCUCCUUUGUAUUAUUCCACGGAUGCCACGUUAACGUUGUUCACUAUUCAAUACGAUUCGAAUCGAUUCGCUGCGAUUGCCUUUUGUUCCACCUUUCGUUUUCAGUAAGUUUGCCAUUUUUUUAAAAACAGAAGAGAGAUUUUAAGUCCAACUUCACUUGGGCCGUUAAUGCCAAUAAUACCAAAUAGCUAGCCAGCCAAACAGCAUCAAACCGGCCGACCAACCAACCAACAACCGACCGACCAAACCCCAACAAAUAUUCUGCUUUGUUUUUGUAUUUAUUAUUUUUUUUAAUUAUUAUUGUAUUCUGUAGCAGUUUUAAAAAUUAAGAUUGAUUUCAUUAAUGGAUUCGUGUGUAGCAAAUAAGCCCAGAAAAUUAUUAAUUAUUUAAGGUUAUUCCGUAAUGAAUUCGAAACUAAUUUGAGUCAAAUAAAAAUGAGAAAUUUUAACA